AUGUCUUUAUCUGCCGCUCGACAAAUUGCCAACCGUCAUCCUCUUGCUAUUCAACCUUUAAUCAAAAAUUCAAAUACGAAAAAUAUUCCCAACUUUCCUCCUGAAAUCAUUCGUAUAAUUCUUGGUUUAAUAAAAGAUGACAAGAAAACUAUUAACGCUUGCGCUACUGUAAAUCAUACGUUUAAUCUUCACGCCACACCAAUCUUAUAUCAUACCGUUUCUUUCUCAUUUCCUUACACAUUUACUUUAUUCGCCAAAGCUAUUCUCGGCGAAUCUCAACGUCCCCGAAUGAUUCGUCAUUUGGAUCUUUCUGGUUUCUCUACCAUGGGCUUACAAAAGAGCGACGCUACAAUUCAGACGGUCAUUACCCCUGAAAUUCUUAUAAGCAUUCUACGAUCUUGCACCAUGUUGGAGACUUUCUCCGUUUCGGAAACGUUGACAUCAACUAUCAAUCUUGAAGUUUUACGGGUUCUCGUUUUCGAGUGUAAGAACAUUAAAACUUUGGAUUUUUGUGGACUUUCGAGCAAACAUUUCGGUUCGGCUCUUACCUCCUUAGCAGAAUAUAUGGGUCGUUUAAGAUUGGUUCAAGAUUAUGAGGAUGAUGAUGAAAAGGAGCCGACUUACUCAUUCCAAAGUGUAAAGAAUGUAGCAUUACCAGACCUUCAACGUCUUUCUUUACACAAUUGUUCAAUCAUCUCGGAAUAUUCCACCAUACUUACUCUACUUGCACACGCACCAAAUAUCACUCACCUUGAUUUGGGUGGUUGUUCCGUUAGUGAGAUGACACUUAAU